UUGAGCAACGGGAAGAAGACAAGGCAAUAGAGGCUAUUUGCUUUUCGUCGUACUCGUAUCCAUUGCUGUUUCCCAAUGGCAACGGAGGAUACACAGAAAUUGGUGCCACAGGCAGCAUCCGAAGUCGGGGUGCUACCGACUCUUCGUGGUAACAACAAUAAUAAUAAUAACAACAAUAAUAACAACAAUAAAGAUACCGAUGGAAGUGAGAACACGACCACGGUCACCGCCAGCACAACCGAAUCGAGCCGUUCGGAAACGCAGAGCAUCGGAAACGGCUCUGGAAUCAAUCCUACUGGAGGAAACAACGGAAAAUGGGUCCGGUUGAACGUCGGAGGCACCGUGUUCCUCACAACACGGCAAACCCUUCUUAAAGAACAAACUUCAUUCCUCUAUCGUCUUUGCCAGCAGCAGGAUUUGCAUUCAGACACGGAUGAGACUGGGGCCUAUGUGAUUGACAGGGACCCCACCUACUUUGGACCAAUCCUGAACUACUUGCGGCAUGGGAAGCUUGUGUACAACAAGGAGCUGGCAGAGGAAGGAGUGUUGGAAGAGGCAGAGUUCUACAACAUCACUCCCCUGAUCAAGCUGAUCAAGGAGAGGAUUCUGGAGCGAGACUGCAAGGCCACACAGCAGGUUCCUCCUAAGCAUGUGUACCGGGUUCUGCAGUGUCAGGAGGAAGAGCUGACCCAGAUGGUGUCCACCAUGUCGGACGGCUGGAAGUUUGAGCAGGUCAGCGUGCGCGCCUGCAGAAAGCCCCGCACCGGACUGCUCUGGACUAUGGUAAACAUUGGUUCUUCGUACAGUUAUGGGACAGAGGACCAGGCUGAGUUUCUGUGUGUCGUUUCCAAGGAGCUGCACACACCGGGAUCAGUGCUGGGCACUGAGCAGAGCCAUAAGACCAAGGCUUCGGAGGUUCAGGAGGAGGAAGGAGCGAAGGAGGAGGAGGAGGAGGAGGGAGAGAGAGAUACUACCCCAAAUGAGUGGAUUAGAGAUUGAGGGUCUCAUUGUGUCAUUGUGAAUGGCUUUUCCAGAUCCAUGGCUCCCGGAUGUAGAGCCCAGAGUGGUGUCCUGUUUGGAUUUCUUUUUCAUCUGUUAACGGGUCCUUAUCUAUCAAAUUAUUCACUGUAUCAAAGAUGAUCUAAAGACAGACACUCCUUGCAUCAUUCUCUUGCCAGCAGCUGCUCCUUAGAGACUCCUAGUCCUCACUUGAGAUGUUGGUUAAGACUAUAUUGUAGUUUUUUUAAACCAUUGAAGCCAAGUCUGGUAGUAAAUCUUAGUAAAAGUACAAUUUUGACCAAAGAUCAGAGGUUAAGUCAAAUAAAUCAACAAGUUACUGUAAUCAGUUUCUUAGUAGAGGUAUUUGUGUGGGUCUCAGACACUCUGACGGCAAAUAUUCAUCCUUCUCACAUGCUCAACUUCUGUAGACCUCUGUGUGUGUGCAGAAAAGGAUCACACUCACCCUGAAUCCCCUCCUUGUUCACACCACUUAGUCUCUCUCAAAUGUUCUGUCUCACUCUCACCACACACACACACACAUGCAGUUUUGUCCUCACACACAUGUUGUAUCACGACAGCCCCCCCUCCCCCCUGAGGCGUGUGCGUGCUCAGCAGUCCUCUCACCCUAGCUGUCACCCUGGCCGGCUCCAGCGUGGCUCCACGGCCCCGGGGCAGAGAUGCACCGGUCCUGCUGUCAUGCCGGGCCCGACUCAGCCCCUUCUCUUGCUGGGUGCAUCUGCUCAAGGUUAGCUGAUGAACAGGACCACAGAGUUUGCUCUAGAUCAUGCAACCAAAGCUGUAGAGUUAUUGUGUUGUCGUGAAAGACUGAUCAGUUCAAUCCAGAGACAUUUACAUUGAAGAGUUACUGCAUAAGGGGUUGAUUUCCUGUUGGUUUACAUUGGUUUAUGUAUUUCUGAAUGGUUCAUAGCUUAAGUAGUCAUUGAACUAGUAUUGUUGCAACAAAAAAAUCCCCCUUUGUCUCCUUUGUAGAAGUUGUAUUGAAAGCCUGCUAAUAGACUUGUACUUUUAGUCCUGUUUCUCGAAUGGGAUUGGUUCGGAUUGGCUAAAUAUUUAAUCCAGUAAUCCUGUCAAGUAUGAUGAGACUCAAUAUGAGCUUUUAGCACUUAAUGCCCCCUACCGACCAGUCAUGUCACUCUGGCAGCUGUGUUGGUGUGUGAUUGUGUGAGUGUGUGUUACCAGCAUUUGACUCUAUGGCACAGAUCAACAGUCGACAGCUGUCAUUCUGAUUGGUGUCACCAGGCAACCAUUACUAUAGACAAUCUGAAAUUCAGAAAGCUGUUACUUAGUCUUUCAUCACGAUUCAAUAAUAGUCUUCUGCCAUGACAUCAGUGGGUAGUGUGUCAGGCAAUAAUUACAAUGUUCCAGUAAAGUAGUUGGUUAUAACCAUGCCAGCAAUACCAUCCCAUUAACUGCGUGUCAAUUUCAAAUGACAUGUUCCUUAAAAUUUUUAGUUUUCUGAUUCGUGUGAUAUGGAUAUGUGUGCCUUGAUUUCAAGCAAAAAAAACAAUGCCAUAGGCUUAUGAUGUUUCUUUGAAAGUGAUCGAAACAUGUGAUUGACAUUUCAUAGAGGUUAUGGUGUACGUGUGUGCCGUCACAGCAUCGGCUGGGACUGUAUUACUGAUACAUUCUGUACAUACUGCAACAGUCAUUCAGAACACACUAUUACUCUGCAUCCAGAUAUGUUAGGCACUUUUUCAUUAUGACAUUUAUGUUGGGUUUAUCAUGUGUCACAAGAAAUGUUUAUUUUAACUACAUCUAUCAGUUUAUCAGACAUUGUUAAUGUUGCUGAAUACGUACUUGUUGCAGCUCACAGAGGUUUUGUUAUUUUGCUUUUCUUUAUAUUAAUACUGUGUAUAUACCUUAAUGUCUUUGGAUUGUAUUCAAUUUUUGUACAUGUGAAUAUUUAUUAAGACUACUUGGCCGCACAGAAAAAUAUUGUAUGUUUAUUUUUGAGUGGAAAUAGAAUGUAUUUCUGUUAUAGACCUCAUGUUUAAUAGGCCGUCUUACAUAAAAUUGUGUUCCCCUAUUGAAUAGGAAGGUUUGUAACAAACCUGCAUCUGCUGUACCAUUGAAAACCGAAAACCAUAGGUCAUAGUUCACAAUUGAUUGAAAUUUGAACGCAUGUUUGUCUACUUUACUUUUUAUAAAUCUUCAUUAGCACAAGCAACUUUAAGAAAUGUUUUCAUACAUGUUGUUUCAGUGUACAUAAAGGACCUAAAGUAGUUCUAACUAGUAGUCGUAACAUCUGCUGCCAUUACAUUGAGCAGAGCUUAGUUUUUGCAGCACAGAGCUGUUUUUACACAGUUCAUGCAGUUGGCAAAUAACAGUUGUAUAAGUACUAUAUUGUAAGUUUGCAUCAAUGUCAAAGUUGAUACUGACGUAUGUCAGUAAGUCUUUUCUUGAAAGCUCCCAAUUAUUUUUCCAAAACAUGCCUAUACUGGUAUUAUGUAAGAGCUUCCCUCUUAAAACCUUCAGAAGUGGCCUAAAUCCACUCCCAUGGACAUUACAGACAUGUCAUAACAUGACACAGUGUGUUAUUGACGCUACAUGACAGGACUCCUCAGAUGUUUGACACUAGAAUUGUAUUGCCUCAGCUAUACUUUUACAGCUCACAGAAACAAUGUUGUCAACUUCAUACGAACAUUGACAUGAUUUCUACUUUAUGUAAAGAACCUAUGAUGUUAUAAUUGUAAAUGAAAAUCAAAGAUAUGAUAAUCACAGAAAUAAAGUUUUGAAUGUCCUUUCUUUUUAAAACCA